ACAGGACAAGGGGCAACGGCUUCACACUGCGAGACAGCAGGGUUAGAUUGGGAAUUGGGAAGAAAAUCUUCCUGCGAGGGUGGUGAUGCCUUGGCACAGGUUGCCCAAAGAAAUUGUGUCUGCCCCAUUCCUGAAAGUGUCCAGGGCCAGGCUGGAUGGGACUUGGAGCAACCUGGUCUAGUGGAAGGUGUUCCUGCCUAUGGCAGGGGAUUGGGAAGAGAGAAUCUUUGAGGUCCCUUGCAGCCCAAGUCAUUCCAUGACUCCAUGACUUCAUCAGUCUGUGACCCAGUGGCUCGCAGGGGUGAGCUGUGCUGCCUGGCAACGGGAGUUGUGAUGAAAAGGGGCGUGAGCAGAGCAGGCUCCAGUCCUUGGAUGGACAAGGAAGGAGGAAGGAGCCUGCUGGCUACUCAUCCUUUUUAUUAUUGCUUUUGCUCAGCCCUGACAGAGCCAGCUGUUUAGGAAGGAUUGUGAGAAAUCAGGGACAGAGUCCCUGUCUGUGUGUGCAGACAUGGCAACAUCCCUGGACACACUCAGCCUCUCCCAGAUGCUGGAUCUCGCCAUCGGGAUGCCCCAGAAGGGAGCCAUUCACUUUGCAGCCUUGCGAAAACUGCUGCAGGCCGUGCUGGAGCACCUGGACGUGCAGUACCUGAGCAGCCAGGAGCCGUGGCCGGGCCAGCUGAGUGGCCCCUCACUUGCUGACCUGGCCACUGACAUGGGAAAGAUGAAGAGGGAGAUGGAAGACUACAAGAAACACAUGUCCAAGGUUCUUCAUGAGGAGAUUGGUGGCAUAAAGGCAGAAAAUUCCCGCAUAUCAGAGGAUAUUAGGAAGAUCCAGAAGAGCCAGUCCUCUAUGGCAGGGAACAUGAAGAAGAUCCAGGAGAUGCAGGACAAGGACACGACUCUCAUCCAGGAUCUCCAUGAGGAGAUUGACAAGAUCAAGACAACACAGAUGUGCAUGGAAGGAGACAUAAAGAAGAUUAAGGAGUCCCUUGCCUUAAUGAAGAAGAUGGGAGAGGACCUUAAAAAGCUGAGGCAGGAUGCAGCCAAGUGGAAAGAAGAGAGCAGUAAGGAGAUCUCUCAGCAAAUUGAGGCUUUGCGGCAGGAGACAAAACGUGACCUGCAGAAGAUGGGAGAGCAGCAGGAGAUGAAGAAUGCCAUGCUGGAGCAGCUGGUGACAGAGACAGCCAACAAAGUGAACGAGCAGCUUGGCGGUACAGGAGAGACAACUGUGGGCCUACUGGAGGAGCUGGAAGGGGAGAAUGGAGACUGCUCCAGUUGCACCUUCAACAUCAGAGCGCAUUUGGGGAAGCUCCUCCAGCGCUGCGAGAAACUCCAGGAGAAGGUGGAAUGCCUGGAGUCCCGGCAGAUGGCCAUGGGAAAGCUCAAGAAAAUGAUGAGGAAUUGGGGCCAGCUGGAGCACGACCACGAGCGGCUGCGCUACAUGGAGGCUACAGUUGUACGGAUGAAAGGAGACUGCGAGAAGCUCAGCUUUGUUUCUGGGACCCUGCAGAAAGACUCUGAACAAAAGCAGAAAGCAAUCGAGAUGCUGUUCCAGUCUCUGGAGAAGCUGCAGAAGGAGAAAACAGAUGAGCAGGAUGUUUUGGCAGCAAUAGAUGUGAAGGCGGACAAAGCUGCCUUGGGCAGCAAAGUCAAUUGUAGCCAAUUUGAAGCAAAUAUGGAGCGUCUGGAUGAGAGGAUGCAGGAGUUGCAGAGCCGGAUUUCAGACCAGGAGCAGCACUUCAACACUAUGCAGCAGCAGCUCAACCUUGUGGUGGAAGAAAAGCUGGAUCGCCUGGAGCUGAAGACUUUCAGCUCCCAGAUGGAGGACUCCUGGAGCAGGAACAUGGAGGAACUUGAGAAUAGGCUGAUGCGUGAAAACGCUGCUGGCAUUAAGAAGCAGCUGCCAGUCCCUUUCACGUGCCUGUCCUGUGACCGCAUGCUCACCGUGCAGGUUCCUGGCCAGUCCCCCAGGACACUCCCGUAUUUGCAGCCGCUGCCCCCCAGCAAGGAGCCACAGCACAGCCAAAGGAGGCUGGUGGCCCAUGGCAGUGUCCCCGGUGUGCCACUGAGCUCUGGGGACCAUCAGAGCAGCAGCUCCACGAUGCAGAACAACAAGGCUUCCCCACAGAGAAUAGGUCAGCCCCAGGACUUCUUGACAGUCCAGAAAAAGCCCAGUGUGACCCAGCUGCUGGACAGAGAUGGACACAUCUCAAGGGGCCGUAUUGACCAGCACCCUAUGGCGAUCAGGACACAGCAUGCAUCAGGCGCUGCCGUCUCACGAGAGCACCGGACAAGCACAGCCCCCCGACACAUCUCAUGGGCACCAGGGCUCGUCCAGCCUCUCCAGCCCCGCCGGACAUCAACAGCCCCCAGCCAGCUGGAAAGGACUCAGCGCCCAGUGCUCGAUCUGGGACAUCUUGUCAGAAGCGAGAAGCGCCUGUGACAGUGGUGUUCAGAAAUAUGGGUUUUUAGUUGUACUAAGUUAAUAAAACCCCUUAAAGUUGUAGGCAGA